AUGGCCUCCGAUGACAAGAAUGGCGCGAGGGUCUCCUCAGUGUCCAGCAGCCGCCUGCAGAGCCGCAAGCCGCCCAACCUGUCCAUCACCAUCCCUCCGCCCGAGACCCCGGCCCCCAGCGAGCAGGCCAGCAUGCUGCCCCAGAGGCCCAAGAACCCAGCCCUCCUGAAGAGCGUCAGCCUCCAGGAGCCGCGAGGACGAUGGCAGGAGGGCAGCCCGGAGAAGCGCCCUGGCUUCCGCCGCCAGGCCUCCCUGUCCCAGAGCAUCCGCAAGGGCGCGGCCCAGUGGUUCGGGGUCAGCGGAGACUGGGAACUGAAGCGGCAGCACUGGCAGCGCCGGAGCCUUCACCACUGCAGCGUGCGCUACGGCCGGCUCAAAGCCUCGUGCCAGCGGGACCUGGAGCUCCCCAGCCAAGAGGUGCCCUCCUUCCAGGACACUGAGUCUCCAAAGCCCUGCAAGAUGCCCAAGAUCGUGGACCCCCUGGCCCGAGGACGGGCAUUCCGCCACCCGGACGAGGUGGACCGGCCCCACGCCCCGCACCCACCGCUGACCCCUGGUGUCCUUUCCCUCACCUCCUUCACCAGCGUCCGCUCCGGUUAUUCCCACCUGCCUCGCCGCAAGAGGAUCUCUGUGGCCCACAUGAGCUUUCAAGCUGCUGCAGCCUUGCUUAAGGGGCGCUCGGUGCUGGAGGCCACGGGACAGCGGAGCCGGGUGGUCAAGUGCAGCUUUGCCUACCCCAGCUCUCUGGAGGAGGACGUGGUCGAUGGGGCGGAGACAUUCGACUCCUCAUUUUUUAGUAAGGAAGAAAUGAGCUCCAUGCCCGAUGACGUGUUUGAGUCGCCCCCACUCUCCGCCAGCUACUUCCGGGGGCUUCCGCACUCGGCCUCCCCUGUCUCCCCCGAGCAGGUCCCCCUGAAGGAGUCCAGCCGAGCCCCGGCGCCCCCCACCAAACGCGGCAAGCGCAUCGCCUCCAAGGUGAAGCACUUUGCCUUCGACCGGAAGAAGCGGCACUACGGGCUGGGCGUGGUGGGCGCCUGGCUGAACCGCACCUACCGCCGUAGCAUCAGCAGCACUGUGCAGCGGCAGCUGGAGAACUUCAACAGCCACCGGCCCUACUUCACCUACUGGCUGACCUUUGUCCACGUCAUCAUCACGCUGCUGGUGAUCGGCACGUACGGCAUCGCGCCUGUGGGCUUUGCCCAGCACAUCACCACGCAGCUGGUGCUCAGGAACAAAGGUGUGUAUGAGAGCGUGAAGUACAUCCAGCAGGAGAACUUCUGGAUCGGCCCCAGCUCGAUCGACUUGAUCCACCUGGGAGCCAAGUUCUCACCUUGCAUCCGGAAGGACCAACAGAUCGAGCAGCUCGUGCUGCGGGAACGAGACCUGGAGCGGGACUCAGGCUGCUGUGUCCAAAACGACCGUUCGGGCUGCAUCCAAACCCAGAGGAAGGACUGCUCGGAGACUCUGGCCACUUUCGUCAAGUGGCAAGAUGAUACGGGGCCCCCCAUGGACAAGUCUGAUCUGGGCCAGAAGCGGACUUCUGGGGCCGUGUGCAACCAGGACCCCAGAACCUGUGAGGAGCCAGCCUCCAGCGGUGCCCACAUCUGGCCCGACGACAUCACCAAGUGGCCGAUCUGCACGGAGCAGGCCGAGAGUAACCGCUCGGGCUUCCCGCACAUGGACUGCCAGAUCCGGGGCCGCCCCUGCUGCAUCGGCACCAAGGGCAGCUGUGAGAUCACCACGCGGGAAUACUGUGAGUUCAUGCACGGCUAUUUCCACGAGAAGGCCACGCUCUGCUCCCAGGUACACUGCUUGGACAAGGUGUGUGGACUGCUGCCCUUCCUCAACCCCGAGGUCCCCGAUCAGUUCUACAGGCUCUGGCUGUCUCUGUUCCUCCACGCUGGCGUGAUCCACUGCCUCGUGUCUGUGAUUUUCCAAAUGACCAUCCUGCGUGACCUGGAGAAGCUGGCUGGCUGGCACCGCAUCUCCAUUAUCUUCAUCCUCAGCGGCAUCACCGGCAACCUCGCCAGCGCCCUCUUCCUCCCAUACCGGGCGGAGGUGGGCCCUGCAGGGUCGCAGUUCGGCCUCCUGGCCUGCCUCUUUGUGGAGCUCUUCCAGAGCUGGCAGCUGCUGGAGCGGCCCUGGAAGGCCUUCCUGAACCUGUCCGCCAUCGUGCUCUUCCUCUUCAUCUGCGGCCUCCUGCCCUGGAUCGACAACAUCGCUCACAUCUUUGGCUUCCUCAGCGGCCUGCUGCUGGCCUUUGCCUUCCUGCCCUACAUCACCUUCGGCACGAGCGACAAGUACCGCAAGCGCGCCCUCAUCCUGGUGUCGCUGGUGGUCUUCGCCGGCCUCUUCGCCUCGCUGGUCAUCUGGCUGUAUGUCUACCCCAUCCACUGGCCCUGGGUCGAGUACCUCACCUGCUUCCCUUUCACCAGCCGCUUCUGCGAGAAGUACGAGCUGGACCAGGUGCUACACUGA